GAAAUCCACCCUAAAACCUAAGUGGGUAUCUCAUUACUAACAUCAUAAUGAUCACCAUGAUGCCUUCGAGGGUUUUCCUCUUUGCAAUACUUGCUUUGUCUGCCUAUUCACAGAUUGCAUCUUCACAAUGCAUGACAGGAGAAGUCUAUGCCCAAUACAAAUCACCUUCAGACAUGGAGGAUUGCGGUUGGUGUACAAACCAAUGUGAGAGUAUAUGCUCUAAGAUCGGCAGAUCUGCUGUUAGAGAUGUUUGCGAAAUCAAGUCUACUGGUUUAUUCAUAAAAAGACCCUAUGUAGACUGCAAAUGUUGUUGUGAAGCACCUCCUGAGACGGACGCAAUAAAGUCUGCAGCAUCACUUUCUCUCCCAUCUGCAUUACCCCAAGAUAAGACCUUGUCACUAUUAUAUACGUCCGUAAUAGAAGAUAUAUGUAAAGCAGAAGGAAACUUGUACGAAGAGAUUUCGUUUUAUGUUGGCAGCCCAAGAUGCAGCCAAUGUGCUGGUAGCUGUGAGGAAACAUGUGAAAACAAGAAUCUUGUUAAUACAAAUUUAUAUUGUGCAACAAAACCACCAGGAUCUUCUGCUUUGAUAACGUGCGAGUGUUGUUGCAGCCCUCCCCCUCCAUCCCCACCACCUCCUCCACCUUCACCCCCACCUCCAUCACCAUCACCUCCUCCACCUUCACCUCCACCUCCACCUCCAUCACCACCCCCACCAUCACCUUCGCCUCCACCUCCUUAUCCUUCACCACCACCACCUCCUCCACCAUCACCCUCUCCCCCACCCCCAUCUCCACCGCCACCUACUCCAUCACCCCCGCCACCAUCACAAUCGCCACCUCCCCCUCCCCCAUCUCUGUCACCUCCUCCACCAUCUCCCUCAUCCCCACCUCCUUCAUCACUCCCUCCUCCGUCUUCAUCACCUCCACCACCUUCACCCUUACCCCCACCUCCUUCUCCAUCACCACCGCCUCCAUCUCCACCACCUCCUCCUACAUUUUGUGAUAUGUCAAAGAGGAUGUUCCGUAUCCGGAAGUUUAUUGGAAAAGAAUCAAUGUUUACCAACAGGUACUGA